CGAGCCCGCCGCGCGCCGCCGAGCCCGCACCAUGCUCAAGUGCAUCCCGCUGUGGCGCUGCAACCGGCACGUGGAGUCGGUGGACAAGCGGCACUGCUCGCUGCAGGCCGUGCCCGAGGAGAUCUACCGCUACAGCCGCAGCCUGGAGGAGCUGCUGCUCGACGCCAACCAGCUGCGCGAGCUGCCCAAGCCCUUCUUCCGGCUGCUGAACCUGCGCAAGCUGGGCCUGAGCGACAACGAGAUCCAGCGGCUGCCCCCUGAGGUGGCCAACUUCAUGCAGCUGGUGGAGCUGGACGUGUCCCGCAACGACAUCCCCGAGAUCCCCGAGAGCAUCAAGUUCUGCAAGGCCCUGGAGAUCGCCGACUUCAGCGGGAACCCCCUGUCCAGGCUCCCCGAGGGCUUCACGCAGCUGCGCAGCCUGGCUCACCUGGCGCUGAAUGACGUGUCCCUGCAGGCGCUGCCCGGGGACGUGGGCAGCCUGGCCAACCUGGUGACCCUGGAGCUCCGGGAGAACCUGCUGAAGUCCCUGCCGGCGUCGCUGUCUUUCCUGGUCAAGCUGGAGCAGCUGGAUCUGGGAGGCAACGACCUGGAAGUGCUGCCGGACACACUAGGGGCGCUGCCCAACUUGCGGGAGCUGUGGCUGGACCGGAACCAGCUGUCGGCGCUGCCCCCGGAGCUGGGGAACCUGCGGCGCCUGGUGUGCCUGGACGUGUCGGAGAACCGGCUGGAGGAGCUGCCUGUGGAGCUGGGGGGCCUGGCGCUGCUCACCGACCUGCUGCUCUCCCAGAACCUGCUGCAACGGCUUCCGGACGGCAUCGGCCAGCUGAAGCAGCUGUCCAUCCUGAAGGUGGACCAGAACCGGCUGUGCGAAGUGACCGAGGCCAUCGGAGACUGCGAGAACCUGUCCGAGCUGAUCCUCACCGAGAACCUCCUAACGGCUCUGCCCCGCUCUCUGGGGAGGCUGACCAAGCUGACCAACCUCAACGUGGACCGGAACCACCUGGAGGCGCUGCCACCUGAGAUCGGGGGCUGCGUGGCACUCAGCGUCCUCUCCCUGAGGGACAACCGCCUGGCCGCCCUGCCGCCCGAGCUGGCCCACACUGCCGAGCUGCACGUGCUGGACGUGGCCGGGAACCGGCUGCGGAGUCUGCCGCUGGCGCUCACCCACCUCAACCUCAAGGCCCUGUGGCUGGCCGAGAACCAGGCACAGCCCAUGCUGCGCUUCCAGACCGAGGACGACGCCCAGACCGGCGAGAAGGUGCUCACCUGCUACCUGCUCCCGCAGCAGCCGCUGCCCGGCCUCGAGGACCCCGGGCAGCAGGGCAGCCCCUCCGAGAGCUGGAGCGACGUCCCCCCGAGCCGUGCCAGCGUCAUCCAGUUCCUGGACAGCCCCGCGGGCGGCGAGGACGCCGAGGAGGCCGCUGCUGAAAAGCGGGGCCUGCAGCGCCGGGCCACGCCCCACCCCAGCGAGCUGAAGGUGAUGAAGAGGGGCAUGGAGGAGCGCCGGGCCGAGGCGCCCUGCCGGCCUGAGCCCCCGGAAGAGGAGAAGAGGUUGAGCAGCGAGUCAGGGCGUAGUGAGGACUCCGGCGCGGCCGCCAGCACGGCCUCCGCAGGAGAGUCCGGGGACCCGCCGACCGUGCAGGGCCCGAGCCCCCAGGAGGACCUGGAGGAGGAGUACGAAGAGCCCACAGUACACUUCGCCGAGGACACGCUGCUGCCGGCCGAGGGCGCCGACAGCCCGGAGGGGCAGCUGGAGGCGCCCUGGCCCCUGCCGGGCGGGCGGCAGCGGCUCAUCCGCAAAGACACGCCCCACUACAAGAAGCACUUCAAGAUCUGCAAGCUGCCCCAGCCGGAGGCCGUGGUGGCCCUGCUGCGGGGGGCACAGCCGGACGGCCAGGGCCCCGCCUUGCCUGGGGACUGGCACAACGGCCCCCACGCGCCCCGGGCUCCUCGGGCCCAGGGGGAGGAGGAGGAGGAGGAGGAGGAAGAGGAGAACGGGGCCGAGGAGGAGGAGGAGGAGGAGGAGGAGGCCGAAGCAGAGGAGGAGGGCGGGGCCGCCAGCGAGGAGGAGGAGGAGGAGGAGGAGGACAAGGAGGAGGCGGGGCCCUGCGUGCCCUCUGUGAAGGGCGUGUCGUUCGACCAGGCCAAUAACCUGCUGAUAGAGCCCGCCCGCAUUGAGGAGGAGGAGCUCACUCUCACCAUCGUGCGGCAGACCGGGGGCCUGGGCAUCAGCAUCGCGGGGGGCAAGGGCUCCACUCCCUACAAGGGAGACGACGAGGGCAUCUUCAUCUCACGGGUGUCUGAGGAGGGGCCCGCGGCCAGGGCCGGAGUCCGAGUGGGCGACAAGCUCCUCGAGGUGAACGGCGUGGCCCUGCAGGACGCCGAGCACCACGAGGCCGUGGAGGCACUGCGGGGGGCGGGCACCACCGUGCAGAUGCGGGUGUGGCGGGAGUGCAUGGUGGAGCCCGAGAACGCGGUGACCGUCACGCCCCUGCGGCCGGAGGACGACUACAGCCCCCGGGAGCGGCGGCGCGGGGGCUCGCGGGAGGCCGCCGGGACCCUGCGCCAGCGCCAUGCGGCCUGCCUGGUCCGCAGCCAGAAGGGGCUGGGCUUCAGCAUCGCCGGGGGCAAGGGCUCCACGCCGUACCGCGCCGGCGAUGGGGGCAUCUUCAUCUCCCGCAUCGCCGAGGGGGGUGCUGCCCAGCGCGCGGGCACCCUGCAGGUCGGUGACCGCGUCCUCUCGAUCAACGGAGUGGACAUGACGGAGGCCAGGCACGACCACGCGGUCUCCCUGCUGACCGCCGCCUCCCCCACCAUUGCCCUGCUGCUGGAGCGGGAGGCUGGGGGCCCCCUGCCUCCCACCCCCACGGCCACCCCUGGGGAGCUUGGGCAGCCAAGGCUGGCCCCGAGCCUGCUGGAAGGACCGUACCCCGUGGAGGAGGUCCGCCUUCCACGAGCCGGGGGCCCGCUGGGGCUCAGCAUCGUAGGGGGCUCUGACCACUCGAGCCACCCGUUUGGCGUCCAGGAGCCUGGCGUGUUCAUCUCCAAGGUGCUCCCGCGGGGCCUGGCUGCGCGCAGUGGCCUGCGGGUCGGGGACCGCAUCUUGGCGGUGAACGGCCAGGACGUGCGGGAAGCCACGCAUCAGGAGGCGGUGAGCGCGCUGCUGCGGCCCUGCCUGGAGCUGUGCCUGCUGGUGCGCAGGGACCCGCCGCCGCCCGGCAUGCGGGAGCUGUGCAUCCACAAGGCCCCCGGGGAGAAGCUGGGCAUCAGCAUCCGCGGGGGCGCCAAGGGCCACGCGGGCAACCCCUGUGACCCCACGGACGAGGGCAUCUUCAUAUCCAAGGUGAGCCCCACGGGGGCGGCCGGACGCGACGGGCGGCUGUGUGUAGGGCUGCGGCUGCUGGAGGUGGACCAGCAGAGCCUGCUGGGCCUGACGCACGCCGAGGCCGUGCAGCUGCUGCGAGGCGUGGGGGACACCCUCACCGUGCUCGUCUGUGACGGCUUCCACGCCAGCUCCGCCGCGGCCCUGGAGGUGUCCCCAGGGGUCAUUGCCAACCCCUUUGCGGCCGGCAUGGGCCACCGGAACAGCCUGGAGAGCAUCUCGUCCAUCGACCGGGAGCUGAGCCCCGAGGGCAAGGAGAAGGAGCUGCCUGCGCCCAGCCCGCCAUGGGGGCCCGAGGCCUCGCAGGCCGCCGUACUGUCCAGCACGACGGGAGGGAAGAUGGCCGAGGCCGCCUGCUCUCCCAGCAGCCAGCAGACUGAGCCGGGGGUCAUCCAGCCGUUGGCUCGGGCCUGGCCCAGGGGCUCCGCAGCCCAGAGGGGCAGCAGUCCCAGCUCUCCCCCCUCCCCCGACGAGCUGCCUGCCAACGUGAAGCAAGCCUACAGGGCCUUCGCCGCGGUGCCCAGCCCGCACCCGCCCGCGGACGGCCCCGCCCAGCCCCCCGCGCCCGGGACCUGGGCCUCGCCCGAGCAGCUGUCUUUCCGCGAGCGGCAGAAAUACUUCGAGCUGGAGGUGCGCCUGCCCCAGGCUGAAGGCCCCCCCAAGCGCGUGUCCCUGGUGGGGGCCGACGACCUGCGGAAGAUGCAGGAGGAGGAAGCCCGCAAGCUGCAGCGGAAGAGAGCGCAGAUGCUGCGGGAGGAGGCCGCGGCCACGGAGGCCGCUGCGGGGCUCGCCCUGGACGCCGAGGCCCCGGAGGAGGAGGAGGAGCCGGAGCCGGAAGACGAACCCCCCUGGGCCGGCCCGGGCCCCACUGGAGGGCCCAGCCCGACCAGCCCCGCUGCCCUGGGAGGCAGCGGCGCCCCAGUGCGGACAGCCAAAGCCGAGCGCCGCCAGCAGGAGCGGCUGCGCAUGCAGAGCCCGGAGCUGGGGGAACCGCCGGCGCCCGAGCGCGCCCUGUCCCCGGCCGAGCGCCGCGCCCUGGAGGCGGAGAAGCGGGCGCUGUGGCGGGCGGCCAGGAUGAAGUCGCUGGAGCAGGACGCCCUGCGCGCACAGAUGGUCCUCAGCCGGUCCCAGGACGGCCGCGGCAAGCGGGGGCCCCUGGAGCGGCUGGCCGAGGCCCCGUCCCCCGCGCCCACACCGUCUCCCACCCCACCGGAAGACCUCGGCCCCCAGCGCAGCACGGCCCCCGGACGUCUGCCCCUGUCUGGAAAGAAGUUUGACUACAGGGCGUUCGCAGCCCUGCCUUCUUCCAGACCUGUCUAUGCGCUCCAGUCGCCCGGCCUGGAGGAGCUGAGCUGCCUGGAGCCGUGCCCCAGCCCCAGCCCCAGCCCCAGCCCGCAGGAGGAGGACGGAGAGGUGGCCCUGGUGCUGCUGGGCAGGGCCCCGGCCGGCGCCGACGACACGACGCCGUGCGGUGGCCGCCGCCCGCUGCGGCCGGGGCGCCGGGGCCUAGGCCCCGUGCCUUCGUAGGGGCGCGCGCCGCGCCCGGCCACACUGUAACUAGUGACGUUUGUACAACCAAAGACUCUAUUUUGUGGUUUAAGGAGAAUAAAGUUGACUACGUUUUA